AUGAAGGUCCAUUUAGCACCUGGAAGUAAGUUUAAUUUUCAAAAGUACAUAAAAAGAUCCUUGGAGGAUGAUUUCAAGGUUAUUGUGGGUAUCAAUUCAUUGCUAUGGUUUUCUGCAGUUGUUUAUCUUCUGUUGAAUGUCCACGUUGUGGCAACAGAUGAUGAAAAUAUAGUUGAGUGCUGUCAAGGUUUUGGUGUUGAAGUAAUAAUGACCUCUAAAUCAUGUAGAAAUGGAACCGAGCGUUGCAAUGAAGCUCUUCAAAAGCUUGGGAAUAAAUAUGACAUUGUCGUUAACAUACAAAGAGAUGAACCUCUUAUUGAACCUGAGACAAUAGUUGCAAUUGUCAAAGCCCUGCAGGCUGCACCAAACGCGGUAUUUGGCACUGUUGUGAUGUCUUUAAAACCUGAGGAUGCAUUAGAUCCAAAUCGUGUUAAAUGUGUGGUUGAGAGUCGAGGUUAUGCAAUCUAUUUUCACGAGGAUUGA